GACGUCAUCAUGCUUACUUCAUUCCUCCAAUGAUAUGCUUACAUUGAAAAUAUUGAAAUUGCUAAGAAACCAUCAGCCUAUUUCUCACUACCUUCCUUAAUCACCCACACCCUCACCACGCCCUUUCACACCUACCAUAUAUAUAAUAUAUAAAAAAAAUUAUGUGUUCAUCAACUUGAGUUCACUUGUAAAACUUUAUAUAAUUAUAUAUGCCAAUGUGUAGGUUCUAACACCCUUAAAAUAACACACAUCAGUUUGCUUCAUCAUAUAUCUUCAUCUAUAAUGGAGGAAACUUCAACACUCAACAAAAAAAGAUUAAUAAGUGAGCUGAUUAAAGGGAGAGAUUGUACUAAAAAGCUUCAAAAUCUACUUCGCCGGAAAGUUUUCGACGGUGGGCCGGAGUCAGCUGUAGAUCUUAUGAUGAAGAUACUCGGAUCUUUCUCCGAUAGCCUUUCAACGUUGAGUUCUUGGAAUUCCGGCGAAUUAUGCCCUGCUCCGGCUCCGACGACUAGUUCAGACGGCCGGACAUGGGACUCCGGCGAAAGUGAGAAGACGCCGGCGGUGAAGGACCGCCGAGGAUGUUACAAGAGACGUAAAACAGAAGAUUCGUGGAUUAAAAUUGCAAAUACAGUUGAAGAUGGAUUUGCAUGGAGGAAAUACGGACAGAAAGUGAUUCUUGAUGCUAAAUUUCCAAGGUGCUAUUAUAGAUGUACACAUAAAAGUGAGGGAUGCAAAGCGUUAAAACAAGUCCAAAAGCUAGAAGAUGGGUCAGAAAGGUUUCAUAUCACAUAUUUUGGGUCUCACACAUGCCAAAAUAUCAAUAACAACACAACACAAAUAUUCUCAAACUCUGAGGAUCUUUGUUUUUAUCUACUAGAUUUUGAGAACUCCGGAAUUAAUCAUUCAUCAAGUAGCCUCUCGACUAUCACAAAUGCCCAUAUUACCCCCUCAAUUGAGCAAGAAGAUGACUCAAAUGAUGAUUAUCUUGCGUCUAGUAAUCAUGACACAUCAUCCAAGUAUUCAUGGAAGGAUAUGAUUGGUAAUUUGGAGCCAUCCUAUGAUAAUAUUCUUAAGGAUAGUAUUUCUAUGGAUGAUUUUUAAUUUCAAUAAAAUGUAUUCUAGAUUUCUAAGUAAAAAAUGUACUAAGGAACGUAGUUUGGUAAUCGUGUUGUGCUAAUGAAUGCAAUGUAUGAUUUGCUACAAGUAAUGCACUUGUAUAUCUUAUCAUGUUUGUGUAGUUAAUGAUAUACAAG